AUGCUUCCGGGCUCACCACUGAUGAGCGCGUCCUCGGCAGGAAGACUUGAUGUGGUAGAGCUGCUCGUGGAGGCCAAAGCUCAGGUAGACUUGACGGACAGUUCUGGCGGGACAGCACUGAUCUAUGCGGCCAUCAACGGUCAUUCUGGAGUCCUGCAGUUUCUGAUGGAAUCCGGUGCUCAGCUGGGCCUGAGCGACCGCCUUGGCUGGACAGCAUUGAUGCAUGCAGCGGUCAACGGCCAUGCUGAAGUCGUACAGUUGCUCCUGGAGGCCGGUGCUGAGCUGGAUGUACGCGACCAGGAGAGCUGCGGCGCCCUGAUGACCGCAGCCAAUCGGGGCCAUUCUCAAGUCCUGCAGUUGCUGUCUGAGGCCUGUUCUCAAAAGGACGACUAUUACGGCCGUACCGCGUUGGUGCUGGCAACAUGCCGGCGAUUGCUGGAGGCUCGUGCUUCCGAGAAGAAGUCAUGA